AUGUCCUCAAUUUCCGGUGAUCGUUCCCCACGCUUCAUCCUACCUCAGUCUGCCCAGCCAUACACAUCUAUAUUUGGUGGUUCUAGCAGCCAAGAUGUUGCAGAUCUCCAACCGUACCCGGAAUGGCAAGGGGACGCCACUUUUGAUUCUGAUGACGCCGAUGUGUCUAUGAAAGAUAUACCAAUAGUUGAGGAUGAUCAUUCCGAUGAUUCUACCUACAGAGAAAGUGACGAAGACGAGUCCGGGUCAGAAGCCGGAGGCUCUCAGCAGAGAGCGCCCCAAAGCACUGCGAAUGCCGCCACUAUUCACAGUGACAUUGAUAGCCCACCAUCAUCUCCUGCAUAUCGGCCCAAUAGAUUCCGCGGCGCUGAAUCGCAAUGGAGAAAGCUGACUGCUGAAGAUAGACAGAAUGCUGAAGCUUUGGAAACGAUUCGGGCUAGGGACCUUGCAGCUCAUCUGUACAACGCGUAUGCGUUGCGAGUACGGGCCCGUGAGCUAGCAAGGCAAGCUGUCGAAGCUGGCGAAUCAGAAGAUGAAACCAAAUUUUUUGGCCCUCCAAAGCGAUGGGCAGCAUGGCCCAUGUCGGCUACUGAGGUGCCUCGCGGAAACGAACAUGUCCGUAGAGGAGAAGACGAGGCAUGGACUUUGAGAAUGCAGCCGGAUCCUCGUCCAAGUGCCGAGUUAGAGGAAUCGCUCAUGGCUAUAAUGCUCAAGGACGCAAAGGAAAAAUUCCAGACUAGACCUUGGGACGACAGGCUUUCCUCUGUACAACAGUGGGCAAUGUCUCAAGCCAAGACACAAAAUGACACUGCCACCGAUGGGGAACAGGAAAGCGAUCUCGACUUACUUGAUGAACACUCACUACGCCCCGUCGUUCAGGCUGACGAUGAAAAAUCACGACUCCAAUUGCGACCGCUGACCCGAAAUAUACUCACCCAAUUUGAUGACCUACUUAUGGCUCUUCAUAACGCUCGCAACGGUGGAGGAGGAGCGGACGACAGCUCCGCAACGAAGUCAAUCGAGGGGCAGGAAGCGCACGCGCAGGUCAUCCACCCGAACUGGGUCAAGCCGUCCACGUUCUCACAGUGGGCAUGCAUCAAGUGGACGAGCAUCUUCCCGGCUCAGCUCACGUUGUCAAUCAACAUCACAGUACUCAAAGCCGCGGGGACGUUCAACUGGCAGCGACCGCAAAAGGUCGGCAAGUCAUAUGCGUCUUGGCCUCCGCGACUGGAGCGAAGUAUUAGGUAUUGCCUCUAUGAUCGGCUUUCCACCAGCGUGGUAAUGCGUUCUUCUCAAAGAUGUGCCGCUCUGUUUCGUGAGGAUAUGGAGUUUCGGGUUUUGCAAGAAGGUACCAUGCAGCAAGUUCAGGACGGGAAUUCUUCUACAUGGAUCUACGCGGAAGUUGAGCCCGAGGAACCUGACGCUUCGCUGCCGCCUCCUUCACCUCCUCGUACCAAACCAUCCCUCUCCCGCACGGCUUCUGUGAAGAAGGCUUCUAGCACCCGAGUUACUAGCCCUGCUACUGAUCAUACUGAUGAGGUGACCAAGCGCAAAGGCAAGGGUCAACACCGCAAGCAAGAUUUAAUAUGCCCCAUCGGGACGUGUCCUCGGCAUAUCAAUGGGUUCACACGGACAUGGAACCUUAACUUGCACAUGAAACGCAUGCAUCCUGGAUAUCUCCCGAAGAGUACUGACUCAAAAUUCAAGUCUUCCACUGUCGGCCCUGCUGGUGAUACUGACGGUUAA